CAAGACCAAGGCUCUUAGAACUUUUUGCCUCUAUUAUCCCUAAAUCCAAGAGUGACAUGGGACUCUUUUUGGAAAUGGCAGAUAACACAUUAAGUGGCCUAUGGUUCUCACACUUGGUCAUCUCCAGUGGCCACAGCCCACCUGCUCAGCAGGGCUGAUGUCAUGAAAGCCAGCCUUACCUCAUAAAGUGCCUUUUGAUGCUGCUGCCAGCUGGGCUACUUAAUGGCCAACUCCACAUGGCGCUUGAUCAUCUUUCCUUGGGGCCAACCAUGCCCGCAUAUCAGGGCAGCAUUCUAGGAUCCCGUGGCUCUCAGAUGUUCAAAGAGCAACAAUAAGAGAUUCCAUGGGAAGAGGUAUGUGGGAAAGAAGUAAGCUUAUAUACCAACGAUGAUAAGGCGUCCACCAACAGUUGUUUGUUACAUCUGUGGCCGUGAAUAUGGGACCAAAUCUAUUAGCAUCCAUGAGCCACAAUGUCUGAAAAAGUGGCAUAAUGAGAACAAUUUGUUACCUAAAGAGCUAAGGAGACCAGAACCCAGGAAACCAGAAAUCAGAACCAUUGCCGCCAAAGGAUUCUACGAUCUCGACGCCUUAAAUGAAGCCGCUUGGACAAGUGCCCAGAGCCAAUUGGUUCCCUGCAACCUUUGUGGGCGUACCUUCCUGCCAGACAGACUAAUUGUUCACCAGCGAUCUUGUAAACCCAAAGCCUCCAAGUAAAGCCCUUUCCUC